AUGGCCGCACUCCCAGCGCAAGGCAUUGCCAAAAUCACCGUCAACGGCGAGGAAUACAUGCCCGCGCCGCACGAAGUCAACCCCGAGCUGCCCGAGGACAUGGUGUGGACGCAAUGGCCGCCCAACGACUUAUACAUGUCGGAUCCUCAAUGGUACGACGUGACCGGGAAAGACAUGAUCGCGCAGCGCAGAAUCUGGGCCGCAGAGACCAACGAGGCCCAAAUCGGCCACUUCAGAGCGCUGCUUGACGAGCACCCAAGUCGUCGUCUGGACAUGAUGUUCGCCGCCGCAGUCAAGGGCAAGGCGGACGUGAUCAGGUUCCUACUGGAGCGAGGCGUAAAGAGCACGGCCAACGAGGCGGACGGCGAUGAUAUGACGCUCGUGCCGUUGCACGCGGCUGCUUAUCAGGGACAUUUGGAAUGCGUCGGGAUCUUCAUCGAGGAGGUCGGACUUAGCCCGGACACCCGUGAUGACAUGGGGGGUACGCCCCUGAUGCGCGCGUGCUGGGGGAAGCAGACGGAUGUUGUGCGGUAUCUGAUCGAGAAAGGCGCCGAUGUCAUGGUUAGGCAGAAGGCGGCGCCUGGUCCGGACGAAGAGGGUGUGAACGCCUUCGAGUUUGCUGCUGGUAGUGGGUGUGUUGCAUGCGCCGAGUUGGUCGUGGCGCGCGCCCAGGAGCCGGGGGUUCACGCAGCGGAUUUGGCAAAUGCCAUGGCGCUGGCGGUUGCGGCGCAAGCUGACAACCUUGCGAUGCUGGAGUUAAUCCUGCGCCUCGGCAAUUACCCGCUUGUCAAUAUUGAAGAUCGCGGUCAUCUGGUCCUAACGCAGUCCAUGAAGGACAGCAUCGAAGGCGCAUUCCGGCGCGCAUUGUUACAAGGGACGUGCAAAUCUCUGAAGCCGCUCUUCGCAUACAUCGACAGCCGUGGCGAAGACGGGGGCCACAACUGGGAUAAUCUGAAGCAAGAGACGCUCAAAGCUCUCAGGGACGCCAUGCUAGAGUUCGCGACCCGCGACGAUGAAGAGCACCGCGAUGCGUUCGUGUUUGUUUCCGGCAUCCUCCUCAACACGGACUCACGGUUUACAAGCCCUCCUCUGCAGGAGAAGAAAGACAACGUACUCCUGGACGCUUUCUUCUGGGCGUGUCAGAAGGGCUGUCUCGAUACGGUGAAGUUGAUAGAUUCGAUGCAUAAGAGCCUCGAAGUCAGUCAGCUAUCUCAUGUCAGUCCAGCCUCUUGCUCCAGUUUGUACGUCGCUGUCGCAGAAGGCCGCGAAGAAGUGGUCCAGUACCUAUUCUCGGAGCACGGUGAGCAGCUGGACAUUCACUUAGGGAAUGGGGUGUUUGCCAACGGGCCGACGCCGCUUUGGAGUGCGGUCCGGAACGGCCAUGCUGGCAUUAUCAGAUUGCUGCUUGCGAACGGCGGCCCGGUCGACAGCUAUGAUUCAGCGAAGCCAGAGGUUGAGGAACCUAGAAGCAAGAAGGUCGUAAUAACGGCGACCAAAACAACCAGAGCUCCGGUGAGGAUCAUCUCAGAAGCAGAGUGGGCAACGGAGAAUGGCCACCACCUAGAAGGGCCGGCCGAGAAAGGCGGCUAUACGGACAGCGAUAGGAAAGAGGUGCGAUAUGUGACCUUGGAACUGACUGCAAGCGAUCUGAAAUGGUGGGACAAGAUUCAGCUGCGGAAAAGUGACGAACAGUUGAGAUCUAUAGAAAAUAACGGGAGGGAAAUCCAAACGCACCCUGGGGCUGCGUGA